UAUGUUCAAGAAAUGGUUGGCCUUCUUGUGAGCGAUUCUAACUAUGUCCGUGAAAAUGUUAAGGAAAUUCUUGGUAGCGAAUUAAGCCCUCGUUUAUACGUGAUUUUAUUCCAACAUCUAGAUUCGAUUGUUUCUCAUUUUUUUGAUGGUGAUGGGCAAGCGAUCCCAAAUGAUCGAUAUACAUUAUUCGUUGAACAAGCGAUAUUAGUGUUAAAAUUAACAUUGGAAAGGAUAUUUGAUCUAUCUGAAAAUUUGUAUGCAUGUGAUGUCGGGAAUUUAGUACUUUAUUUUGCGAGGUAUUUGAAUAGGUUAAGUGCUAGUCAAGUUUCAUUAAGGAUUAAGAAACGAAUGUGUAUACUUGUAGAAUUAUUAAUGGAAAAAAAGGAUUAUGUGAGUUUGAGGUUGGAAAUUAAAUUAAGGAAUAGAUUAUUGGAAAUUAUUAUUGAAUGGACUUCUGAUUACAAUGUGAAACCGGACAACCAGAAUGGUUCAGAACAAAGCAUGAGUGGUGGUGCUAACAGAAACGAACGUAUGCACCGUGAUUUGGACCAAGCGUGUUUAAAAACAAUUGUUUCAUUGUUACAUCAGUUACCUUUACAACCCAGUGAAAUAAUCCAUGACGUAGACUUGAGUCAAGUUAGAUCAAGAUUGUUUCAAAAAUAUUUUAAUUUCUUUAUCAAGCUAUUGAAUCGUUGUAGGAUUUUAGAAGCCAUCGAUAGUGGGACGCAUUCCGCAAAGAAUAAUGAAGAUCUGCAGAUGUUGCUUUCGAAGUCUAAAGAAUAUGUAAAAGAUCUAGGUCCUUUAAAAGAUUACACGAUAUUAGCAUUGUCAAAACUUCUGAGUGCUAAUGUAGAUUCUGGCUUGAGAUAUUCGAUUUCAAUGGCUUACCAUGAAGAUACUAAAACUCGAACCGCAUUUGUGCAAGUAUUGACGAACAUUUUAAAUCAAGGCGCAGAGUUUGAAGGACUGGGUGAAAAUGCUGUAAAGGAUCGUUACGAGCGGCUUGUUGAAAUGGUGACAAACUCAGAUUUUGAAGUAGCACUUUCACUUUGUGAAGCAUGCCCUCAGGGUGAUUCAGAUGAACUUGCGCGUGUUUUGACCGCAGUGUUUGAUUCAAAAAAUAAAAUGAUACCAUUUUUAAGUUAUUUAAUCGAGAGAGAA